UCGCGCGCACGAACAAUAUAUAUCCAGGAAAGAGAGAGGAGCUUUUCAUUGGUCCGUGCUAUGUCGCCGUAGUCAGCAGCCAUGGACGCUGCUUCGUCCGCCGUAGCCGUCGCCGUCUCCGCCUCGUUCCCGCUCAGACGGCCUCACAACAAGGCUCUCUUUCUUCCCCCACACACCCUUUCCCCCACUUCGUUCAACUUCAAUCUCGCUCUCUCUCCUCGCCGCCAUUUGCCUUCUUCCUCCACCUCUUCGACUGCAGCUUCCUCCUCCUCGUCCUCUCGUCCUCUCCCUUCUCUCUCUUCCGAUUGCGUUUUACGGGAGCUCGGCCACUGGCUGGUCUCCACCGACGUUCCUCCGCCAGGGCUGGAUUCGAAGCCCAAGGUCAUCAAUUUCUACGUCGGCAUGCUCCAGAGAGUUCGCGGCAGUGAGAGAGAUGCUCAGAUGUGCAUAUACGACGCUUCCUGUGAAAUCCCCUUCGGAUUUCGUUGCCAGGUCGAUGAAGAUACGGCUCGCCAGCUCGCCCGCAUACCUGGAGUCUUAGCAGUUAGGCCUGACCCGGAUCAUAUACCAUUGAAAAAGGAUUACUCAGACAGGCAACCCAAUUACUUAUCUGACCCGAACAUCGGAAGCCCGUGGCUGUUUCCGCUGGGGACUACUAAACACUGGCUUGUUCAGAUGGACAAACCGGGAGUCGGAGUGGUUACUAAGGCGCAGAUGGUCGAUUAUUAUGCUCAAAUAUUAGCCAAGGUUCUUGGGAAUGAGAAGGAUGCGCAGAUGUGUAUAUAUCACGUCUCCUGGCUAUCCAACUAUGGUUUCUGUUGUGAAAUAGAUGAAGAAUGCGCGAGAGAGCUAGCUGAUAUCCCUGGCAUUUUAUCCGUUCAACCAGAUGAGAAUUAUGAAUCUGAGAUAAAGGAUUAUGGAGGUAGCAAUUUGCAGAAUGCUACGGGUUCAGCAGCGUCCUCUGGAGCAGAUCAUACAUCCCCCAUAAGAACAAAGAAACUUUUUGUAACUGGCCUUUCAUUUUACACAUCCGAGAAAACAUUACGUGCUGCAUUUGAAGGCUUUGGGGAACUUGUUCAAGUGAAAAUCAUAAUGGACAAGAUAUCAAAAAGGUCGAAAGGAUAUGCCUUUGUUGAGUAUACUACAGAGGAAGCUGCUAGUGCAGCACUGAAAGAGAUGAAUGGCAAGAUCAUCAAUGGUUGGAUGAUAGUCGUCGAUGUUGCAAAGAGUAACCCACCCCGCCACAGUAAAAGCCACACUAGAUAAGGUACUUGAGUUCCAUUGAACUCAUUCAUAACAGUUUUGCUCCAUCCGGCUUGUCGAUUCAUUCACAUUCUUGUUGCAUCAUGCCUGCAUAGUGCAGAUACUUAUGAAGAUCGUGAGCGGCAAUUGGGUUGUAUUCUGAUCUUGUGCUAGACAUCUGAGUCAUGACAUUCUUGGCCUGGACUGCGUGUGUUUCACUUACACAAUUUCCUUAUUUCUCAUCAGAUCCCAUUCAUGCUGCAGAUUUUAUGAA